UGGUAACCAUACCUCCGUAGUAUUGUGAUGAAUGGCAUCAAAAGCACACAAGACUGAUAAGAGAGAACAAUCGCCAAAAGUGGAGAAAGAGAGAGAGAGGAAACUAGUUCUGCCAUUCAUAGGAUCGAACGUAUGUAUUAUGGUUCCGUGGCUGGUGAGGACCGUUUAUAUUCAGAUUUUCCAGAAAUUGACCUUUCCCAGCUGGAUGUGACUGAUCUUGAUUCAGUUAGCUGCCUUAGUGAACUUCAGUGGGAUAAUGACCAAACAGAAAUAAGUUCCAGCCAGUAUAGUACAGAUGAUUCUGAGCUUUUUGAAACCAUAGAAGAAGAAAACGAGGCCUUGCUGGCUGCUCUCACUGAGACAUUGGACGACAUCCAAGUAGAUGAUGUGAGCCUGUCUGCGUUCAAGGAACUCACAGAUGGAGUUGUGACUGAUUUGUUGGAAACUGCCUCUUUACCAACACCAGAUGGCAGUCCCCCCAGCACAAAGGCUGAUGAACCAUCUCUAUUAAGGAAACUGCUUCUGGCUCCACAAAAUGUGCAGUUAAACUAUGAACGGCAAAAAGAGAGCAACACAGUGCGCCAUGCCUCCAGUAACCAAAAGUCAAAAUCACAACGUUCUUCUUUCAAGGUGGACGGCCCACAGGGCAGUAAGCCACACAGCACCUGUCAGCGUCAGCAUCGACCGUUCACAGAAUUACACAAGCACCUGACUUCAACUGUCCGCCCUCCCCUGUUUAAAACAGAUGAUUCCAAAAUCACUAAUAAAGACCAAAGCAAUCCAGUGUGGACUUCACAGUAUCAUCAGUCACAUCACCAGCAAGGUGAGAGUGAGGAUGAUGGUGAUGUUGAUGAUGAUUGUGUUAAUGAUAGUGCUAACAAAGAAUUGGAUUGCUUCAAUGAUGGGAAUAGGGAACACAAACAAGGACACCACGUUCUACAAAAUGGUGCUUCUUGCAUUGCAUCCAUUAAGUCUGAAGAUAUGACUGCAUCAGCAAAGAACAAUUGGACUAAAAAUUCUCAGUUUACCACAGAAGCAGAAUUAUGUUCAGUAGUUGAGCUUAUUAAGUAUAUGCACACCUAUUGCCUUCCGCCUAGGAAAUAUCCACUAGUCACAACUCAGCAAGAUGAUAGUGGCAAUGCCAGUAACAAAAAGCAAACAAAUGACUGCCCUUUGCAGAGGUUUAUACACCCCAGUAUAGAAAAACAGAAGCUAUCAAAUUCCUUAAAGAUAAACCUCAGUUCUAGGCAAGGAAGGAGCACUCCAGAUUUGUGCAAGAGGAAUGUAAGAAAACUUUCCAAAAGUUCCAUACUGAGAGAGCUAUUGGAAAAAAAUUUUGCAGUAGAUGUGAGCAAGCCUUACAGACUUCACAAUCCUUUAUAUCCUGUACUUGUUUGCACUCAUUCAUCUGAUAAUAGCCAGACUAUUCUGUCUCAGGUGGUGCCCAAGCAUGAAGGUGAUAGUGCUUAUUAUACUGAAACCAUCAACAUUACGCUGAAAAAGGACAGAAAGAAAUGCUGCAAGAACAAGGCGGCUAAAAUGGGGGAUACAGUAAAGAAACAAGAAAGUACAUGCCUUGCAGUUCGGCGCUCACUGAGAUUGAACCCUCAGGUUAGUGGGAUCCUAAGCAUUGAUUUAGAGUCAGCUUCAGCUGGGAGUCUAACGAGAGUAAAUUUGGAGGGAACACCAAAGGAGUCUGGGUCAUCAAAUGUGCAGAUGAAGUUUGAGGGGGAGGGCUGUGAACAAGUAGCAGAAAUUGAGAUAGAUUAUUCUGGACAGCAACUCUGUGGCAGUGGUACGCACAUUGUGCCAAAUGACCAGCGGUAUCGACAAUCCUGUAAUCGAGUGCAUUGGACUGAGGAGAACAACAAUGAAGAAAGUUCGUUUACUACUGACCUUCCUACAGUUUCCAUGGUUCCAUGCUGUAAUAUAGUUGAGGACCACCAAGCCUUCACUGCACAGGACUUCCCAUUAAAUGAAACCAAGAUGCAAGAAAACAAGACUAGCAGAAAGCUAGCUAAACCUACAAGUUUGUUACUUAGUCCAGAGUCUGAAAGUGACUGCAAAGAGUCUCCCCUUGAGAACAAACCUUUUGAACAAGUACUGAGCGUAGAACUGUGUGGAACUGCAGGACUUACACCUCCAACUACACCACCACACAAAACGACCCAAGAUGAUCCUUUCAAGACAGCAAUAAAAAUUGAUUCAUCUGUUAACAACACAAUUAACCAAUUACCAACAAAGAACCAUUGGAGUUCUUUAUCAAAAAGUCUCAUCAAUAAGCACCCCGAGCAAACUGAGCUGUAUGCUUACCUUAGCAAAGCCACAGUCACCCCAGUUCAGACGGAAGGCAAGAAAGUUAAAAGGUCAUAUACCAGAUGCUUUGGUGACCAUGACUAUUGUCAAUUGUACAGGUCAGAAACUGAAACUGAAAAAAAUGUUCUGAGACUUUAUGAACUUCCAAACUCUAGUAGUCAUCAGAAUGGAAAGGAAACGUAUGAUGAUUAUUCACUUUGCAGUGAUAAGAAACAGAAGAUGUCUCCCAUUCCAAAUCAAGGACCUAAUGGUAAGAAAGUGGAGAUAAGCAAAAAGCUUUCAGUUCAGAGCAGCAAUAAAAAACCUAUGAGAGACCAAGAGAUAAGAGCCAAAUUAUUCAAACACUUUGGCUAUCCGGAAGAAGCCAUCACAGAUGAGGUGAAACAAAAUACACUUGAAGACAAUGAUUGUGGUCCUAAUGAAUGCUGCUAUCAUUCUGAUGCAAAGCUGCUAACAGGGAUGAAAAGGCCUGGGACUACUUCUCCGGAUCAAUCACCAUCUCUUUCCUCGCACAAAAACGCCCAAUCACUUCCAAAGGACUCUUUGCAUGCUCAAGAACAUCAGUUAGAUGAGGAAAGAACAGAGUCCUGCUCUAACCAACAGCACAAAAUAACUUCUGGAUCUCCACUUACACAAUUCCGAUCUCCAGUGAAAAGGGAAUCUGUCAGGAAUGGCAGGCAUGACAAAUGUUUAUAUGGGAGGCAAAUUUGGAAUGAUGAGGACUUUGAAAAUGCUAACCGAAGGGAUAGAAGGAAUAAAGCCGUGGAUGAGUGCCGUAUUAUCUACAUUGGAAAGUUAGCCUGCAAUAUAACUCCAGCAGAACUAAAGCGCCGUUUUGAAGUUUUUGGAGAGAUCGAAGAAUGCAAACUACUUACUCAAGAUAGGGGUGUUAAGUAUGGAUUUAUCACAUAUCGCCAUAGUGAGGAUGCUGCUUCUGCUCUCAAGAAUGGGCAUAAAUUGCAGAAACGGAGUGAGUCUACAUUGCAUUUAUAUUGUGGAGGGAUCAGACAAUUCUGCAAAGUCAAUUACACUGACCUGGAUCCCAGUGCAGAAGACUUGGACCCUGCUCCAAUGAAAAGCAAGUAUGACACUAUGGAUUUUGACAGCUUGUUGAAAGAGGCACAGAAAAGCCUGACUAGGUAACAGCCUUACAUCUAUUGCCUGCAGAGGAUGCCACAAUACCUCAAUCAAGGCACUUUUCAUUUGUUUACCUCUGUCCAUUAGAACAGGACACUCAUCCUUUAACAGUGAAAUCAAAAUGAAGUUUACAUGAACUAAGCUGCUUCUGUCUGUGAUUCUUUGGUAGAUGUCAAAUGUCACAAGUUUGAGCAGUCUAGUAGAACUACUGCUCAUUGGUUGUUGUGUUCCCAUAAGUAAACAUAAAACAAUAGUGGAAUUGCAGCUGUGUUCACCAAUUUUAAUGUCUGUAGUUUGGGAUACAGUGUUAGUAUAAUGGGAAUUGGGGUUAAACACUCGGGUAUUUUAUGUGUUUUAUGUGCUGCAUUUUAAAAUGUAAUAGUUUACAUGUAUUGAAGCGUUUUCUGUUGUAAUUUAUUGUGUGCUUCCAUUGUUUCAACUAUGCACUGUAACUGUAGCCUUGCCUUUUCAGUCCUGAAAUUUCCUAACCAGAAAUGUUUACAUGUAAUAUUAUAGACUUUACUAUCAUUAUAGUGAACUAACAUAUCUAGAUUGACAGAGCUGUACUGUAAGUCAUUGAAUAAGUGCAUAUCAAGAAAAAUUUAUAGCUGGGUGCAUGGGUGAUUAUUCCAUUAAUUGGUGGGAUCAUCAGAAUGUUAUAAUAGCUGAUGAAAGUAGGUUAUUCUAAAAUCAUACACUGACAAAAAUGAAGAAAUUGUUUUAUUAUUUAAGUAUGUUCAGUAUGUGUGUGAUUAAUUUAAAAUGUAUAAGUGGGAAGGUAUGGGGAGUUCAGAUAAAGUUUGAUUAUUUCUUUCAACUUUUUUAAUUUUUAGAAUGCCUAACUCGUUUCAUUACUGUUUUAUAAUUAGAUUUUUUCAGGCAGUUAAAAUACAGUUCAUUUUUGGUAAUCUAAUGUAUUUUAUUUAUGAUCUUAAGAUUGAAAACCUUUGGAACCUUAUACCUUUUCCACAUCAGCUUUAAGUGUGAUUAAAUAGUCUCUAGCUUCUAAGCAAAUGGCAUAUUAUGUAUUUUUAAACCAUAUCUUAUAGUUUCUUAGAGAGUAAUUCAAAUCACAGACUGUAUUAAACAUAAUAUUUUAAUGUCUUGUAAAUAUGUUGAAACCCUCUCAAAGCCCCUUCAAUGCACUUGUUUACAUUAAUAAAAUCGCAGAAUGUAACCACAUUCUUUUAACAAUUGUAUUUUAUUUUUCGGUAUUUCAAUGAUUUGCCACUGAAUAAAAAUAGC